AUUAGCGUCAUGCGGUACCAGUCGCUAGUCACACCGGUUUUUUCGUCAAUCAAGACCGUGUUCUAAGAUUUAACUUUUCAAUAUGAAAGUGGCUCCGGUGUUAGUGGUACUGUCCAUACUUUUUAUCGGACUGAGCGAUGCAUAUGAAAUUCUCGUGAUUUUUCCAAGCUUAGGGAAAUCUCAACAUAUAAUUGGUUCUGCGUUAGCUAGGGGCUUAGCAGAAAAGGGACACGAGGUAACAAUGAUUGCUGCUUUCCCCACGGAACCAGCAACGGAAAACGUCCACGAUAUUGUUACAAGAUUAGACCUGGGAAUGCUAGAAGGUGCCCCUAUCAACUUUUAUGAAACCGGUGAAUAUCCCUUCGAAGAGCUAAUGAUUGUAUAUAAAUUGGGAGCAUUUGUAGCAAACUCAACGUUGGGAUCGAAAGGCGUCCAAAAACUAAUGAAUUCCAAUCAGACAUUUGACAUAAUUAUUUGUGAAGCAUUCGCGAUUGAAGCCUUCUUAGGCCUUAGUCAUCAUUUCCAUGCUCCGGUUAUCAGUCUUUCGACCCUGGGCGCAUCAGGAUUCACAGCUCAAAUGGCAGAUUUUCCAGGGUCACAAUCUUAUAUCCCCAACUUAUUCCUUCCUUACACAGACAAAAUGACUUUAUUAGAAAGAAUAUUCAAUAUAAUGACGGAAACGAUAGAACGUCUCUUGUAUGAAUGGUAUCACAUACCCAUUCAAGAGAAAAUAUACAAUGAAUACUUCCGGGACCCUAAACCAAGCUUACGUGAGACAAUAAACAAUAUUUCUCUAGUUCUACUUAACACACAUUUCAGUUUAAGCUUCCCGAGGCCAUAUGCAACAAAUGUGAUUGAAGUGGGUGGACUACAUAUUAACCGAAAAUCUCAACCACUUCCUGCGGAUAUCCAAAGCUUCAUCGACUCAGCAAAGUUUGGCGUAAUAUAUUUCUCCAUGGGAACAAAUUUAAGAGGCGUUGAUCUAGCAGCAGAAAAACGAAAUGCCAUAUUAGCAGUAUUCGGAUCGCUGAAGCAGAAAGUUUUGUGGAAAUGGGAGGAUGAAUCCCUCCCUGGAAAACCGAACAAUGUUUUGAUAAAGUCCUGGUUCCCCCAGGACGAUAUCUUAGCUCAGCCAAAUGUUAAACUUUUCAUCACACAUGGAGGCUUACUUAGUACUACUGAAUCAAUAUACCACGGAGUUCCAAUCGUCGGGAUACCCGUUUUCGGGGACCAACAUCUCAAUAUGGCACGUGCUGAAAAAAUAGGUAUUGGGGUGAGGAUGGACUUGAAGAAUCUUGAUGAGGUCAACUUCAAAGCAGCUGUCAUUGAGGUUUUGACAAACGAAAAGUACACUCAUCGCGUGAAAAAGAUGUCAGAACUAUUUCGAGAUCAACCACAAACGCCAUUGGACAGUGCAAUAUUUUGGGUGGAGUAUAUAGCAAGGCAUGGAGGAGCGCCACAUAUGAAAUCAACUGGUCAAGAGUUAUCUUGCAUUCAAUAUUAUAACAUAGAUGCAUUGAUGGUUAUUUUUACAAUAAUUAUAAUAUUUAUCUACGCCCUAGGAAGAGUAUUUUCUAUGAUACGUUCCGUACUUUGCGGUUCAAAGCAAAGAUGUGAUCCUAAAGUGAAUAUAAAGAAACGUAAAUGAGAAUUCAUGUAUGAUACAUAUAGCAUGCACAUAUAUAGGAUUAGUUGUUUGGCACCCGGUAAUAUGAAUGAAGAAAAAUAUAAUAAUAUGCGUAUAUA